AUGCCCAAGUCAACCCUUGACGAGCAGCACAUCUUCAUGUAUCACAUCCUUAACGGAGUGAACGACAAGACCAUCGACUGGGACCCCGUCUGCAAGGCCACCAGUCUGAACAAGAAGGCUGCUAAACUGAGAUGGGUCCGUCUCAAGGCAAAGAUCGAAGGCGCUCUGAAGGGAAACGAGACUGAAAGCGCUGACGACAUCGCCGCGAAGUCUGGCAACGGCAACGGCAACGCCGAAGUCAAGCCUGAAGCCGAAAAAGCGCCUGGCAAGGCUAUGCCCAAAAUGGGUGUUUUCAAGCCCCGUCGUUCCAAGAACGUCAACACCGCUGAAUCUGAGAUCGCUCCCCCUGCUAAGAAGAGACGCACCUCUAAGCGCAAUAAAGACGAUCAGACCGACAGCGACGACGCCAACAAGGGUGCUUCUGAGGCUACUGCCGAGAAAUAG